UUCUGUCUCCUCUCCAGUUUAACAUGGAUGAAGUGAACUUGGUGUCGGUGGCUGUGGGCCGAUGUGUGGACGCCUGCUGUCUGCUGCUGGAUCUGUUCGUCAGGACGUUCAGCUGGCUGCUCCGCUUCCUGUCCAGCGCUGGCGUUUCCCUCCACGCCGCUCUGCUCGCCCUCAACGGCUCCACGCUGGUUGAAUACUGCAACUUCGCUCUGUUCUCCUUCCUCACCGCCACGGAGGCCGUCUCCAGCACCGCGCACGGAGCCCUGCACGCUGUGGAGGGCUGGCUGCAGACGCUGGGAGGAGUGUGUGAGAGCUUCAAGAUGGUGGGUCACCUCUCGUGUCACGUGGCGUGGCGGACCAAAGACGUGCUGCACCGCGGUCUGAUCUCCGCCAGCUGCAUCCUGAAGCAGAUGUGUGAAGGCGUCUGCAUCGCGCUCAGCCUCGUCCUCUAUCUCAUCAACACCGUGGUCAACAUCAUCCUCAUCAGCAUGCAGAACGGCGUGUCGGCGGUGGCGGGCGCCUGGGACGCGGUGGCCGACCCGGUGCACCGGCUGGUGGAGCUGGCUCUGACUCUGCUCACCUUCCUGUACAGCUGUUUAGUGGGUGCGUCCGUGCUGCUGUGGACGCCCUGCCAGCUGUUACUGGACCUGCUGGGAGCGCUGGGCCGCGUCUUCAUCACCAUCUUCAUGGUCGACACUUACGGCGUUCUCAUCUCGGCGGCCGUCAUCUCGCUGGCGCUGCUCAUACUGAACCCCAGACUUCCUGUCAUCGCAGGGCAGCUGAGCCUCCGAUUGGUUGGCUCUCUGCCAGGAGUCCAGACGAGCCUUCGCAGGAUGUACGCAGUGAUCGUAGAGCCAGCUUUGACCUAUCAGGUGGUCCGAACCGGAGCCACGCAGGAAGUGAGUCGGACGAGGUUUCCGUACACAGACACAGAUGCUUUAAUCCCGUCUGAGGCUGAUCUGCCAGCGAAUGAGCCGAGCCAAUCGGACUCUCCGCAGCUUCAUGCUCAGCAGGAUGGCGAGCCGGUGAGCAGCGAGGCCGGAGACAGCAGCAGGACUAACGCUUCCCCGCCGAACUCGGCUCCGGAUGGCGGCGGCGGCGGCGUCUCUCCGACGGACGGCGAGCUGCUCAGCCUGCUGAAGGAGCAGGAGGAGAGGAAGAAGUGCGUCAUCUGUCAGGACUUGAGUAAGACGGUGCUGCUGCUGCCGUGUCGUCACCUCUGUCUCUGCCGGCACUGCGCCGACAUCCUGACCCAACGCAGAGCCGUCACGCAGCGAUGCUGUCCGCUCUGCCGUCAGCCAAUCACAGAGACCCUGGACGUCUUCCUCUGACGGCGUUAGGACCAGACUGACUUCAUUCAUUAUUCAUCAUUUAGAGAAACAUUUCCAGCUCUUGUGAGGAUUUGCAGCUUCGUGUCUGUUUCAUAUUGUAACUGAAACCUCGUCUAGUUCUAAUAUUCAUGUCAAAUAGCAAUAAACUCAGAUUAUUACAGGAAAGAAAAAGUUACAGUAGGAAAUAUCAAACUAACACUGGAAGUAGGGCUGGGCAAUAUAUAGAUAUUAUAUCGAUAUCGUGAUAUGAGACCAGAUAUCGUCUUAGAAUUUGGAUAUCAUAAUAUUGUGAUCAUAGACUGUAUAUAAAAUGGACGUAACAUCCGUGACGUCACCCAUUGGUUUGUGGACUGCUGCUCGGAGGCCAAUAGUAUCGGAUCUGAGCAGCGCCAUCUUGAAAAUUUCAGGUGCAUGCUGGGAAAAAUAAAAACAGGGAUUCUACUUAUAUGGGCAUCAGGAGGAGCAUGAGGCGCCCUCCUGAACCUGUGAACCAAUCAACCUGUCAAUCACCACGUAGCCACGCCCUAAUGCAUACCCUGCUUUAUCGUCACAUAUAAAAUCAGGGAGGCCAAAAUGUCCCAAAUGAACAUCAUACUGCAUUG